ACGGGAACAGAAUGUGGGCAGGGAUUUCCCCCAGGGUUGGUGCCACUUCCCCCGGCCCAGGCAGGUAGACGGCCACCUCGCCAGGCCAAAGGAACCUGGAUGGGAGGGAAAGAGGCCACCAUGUCCUCUUGGAGCCGAGAGCGAAACCAGAGCCCAGGGGGCCUGAACCCCCAUCUUUCUAGAACCGUGUUCCUGCUGCUGCUCUCCGUGGCCUCGGCCCAGGGGGUCCCCCCAGACCCCACCGCCUGCCUGGUGUUCCAGUCGGUCAACGGGACCUCCAUCACCUGCGAGCCGCCCGCCAAAGUCCCCCGCCACCUCCCGGCCGACACCAUCCACCUGGCCGUGGAGUUCUUCAACUUCACCCGGCUGCCCGCCGGCCUCCUCCGGGGCGCCCCGAGGCUCCAGGAGCUGCACCUCUCCAGCAACCGGCUGCACAACCUGUCGGCCGAGCUGCUGCAGCCGGUGCCCGGGCUGAAGGUGCUGGACCUCACCCGAAACGCCCUGAGCCGCCUGCCGCCCGGGCUCUUCCGGGCCUCCGCCGCCCUGCACACCCUGGUGCUGAAGGAGAACCAGCUGCGGGCCCUGGACGCCUCGGGGCUGCACGGCCUCACGGCCCUGCGGCACCUGGACCUGUCCGGCAACCAGCUCCGGACGCUGCCCGCCGGGCUGCUGGCCAACGUCCCCGAACUGCGUGUCCUUGACCUUAGUGACAACCAGCUGGAGGCUCUGCCCUCCGGCUUCCUGAGGGGGCCCCUGUGCUUGGAACGGCUGCACCUGGAGGGGAACAGACUGUGCGCGCUUGCAGAGGACCUCCUGGCGCCCCAGGUGGACCUACGAUACCUCUUCCUGAGUGACAACAAGCUGGCCAAGGUGGCCCCCGACGCCUUCCGGGGCCUGCGGCGGCUGGACAUGCUGGACCUGUCUAACAACUCUCUGGCCAGCGUGCCCAAGGGGCUCUGGGCCAGCCUGGGGCGGCCCACCCAGAACCUACAGUACGGCUUCGACCUCUCCCGCAACCCCUGGGUCUGUGACGGGCACCUGCACGACCUCUUUCGGUGGCUCGUGGACAACAAAGAGAAGAUGUUCUUCCAGAAUGACACGCGCUGUGCUGGCCCGGAAGCCUUCAAGGGCCAGACACUCCUGGAGGUGGCCGAGUCCCGUUGAGGCCUGGGGCUGGGGGCGAGGGGACGGGGCCUGGCAGGACACCGCAGCCCACACCUUCUAAGGGUCAGGCUUUGCCACUGUUGCUGGGACCCAUUUUGCCCAUGUUUCCCACGGGCUCUCCGGCCGGCCUCCUUGUCAUCGCUCGAGUUGUCCCUCUUCCAGAAAGUCCUUCCUCCGUCUCCCAGAGCUCCUGGGCUCGGGGCUCCCUCGGAUCCAGCCUUGGCCCACGCACAGGUGUUGUCUCUCCCCGGCUCCGC